AUGUCUUCAAAGAAUGUAAAUGGUCCCAAUGGGAAAAAGCCCGCCUCGGCGGCUACCAACUUAAUUGCUGGUGGUACUGCUGGAAUGAUGGAAGCACUCGUGUGCCAUCCUCUAGAUACCGUUAAGGUCCGAAUGCAACUGUCAAAAAGAGCGCGGGCACCAGGGGUAAAACCUCGGGGGUUCGUUUCGACUGGGCGGGAAAUUGUGAGGAGAGAGACAGCUCUCGGUUUAUAUAAGGGUCUUGGUGCUGUCUUGAGUGGAAUAGUACCGAAGAUGGCCAUUCGAUUCACAUCAUAUGGGUGGUGCAAGCAGGCUCUCAGUAAUAAGGAAACAGGGAAACUUUCCGGUUCUGCUAACAUGCUUGCUGGUCUUGCGGCUGGUGUUACAGAAGCCGUCGCAGUCGUCACGCCCAUGGAAGUGAUCAAGAUUCGUCUCCAGGCGCAACAGCACAGCCUAGCUGAUCCUCUCGACACCCCCAAAUACCGCAGCGCGCCACAUGCUCUCCUCACUGUUGUGCGGGAGGAGGGUUUCGGCGCUCUAUAUCGCGGUGUUUCUCUCACUGCUCUCCGACAGGGUACCAACCAAGCCGUCAACUUCACUGCAUAUACCGAACUCAAGGCGCUCCUUCAAAAAUGGCAGCCCCAAUAUUCCGAGAAGGAGCUUCCUAGUUACCAGACCAUGGUUAUUGGUUUGAUAUCCGGAGCUAUGGGCCCCUUCUCCAACGCGCCCAUUGAUACGAUCAAAACCCGGCUGCAAAGAACUCCCGCUCAACCCGGCCAAACGGCUCUUUCACGCAUUACGACCAUUUCGAGCGAGAUGUUCAAGCAGGAGGGCGCCAGAGCAUUCUAUAAGGGUAUCACACCUCGUGUCAUGCGUGUUGCACCUGGCCAGGCCGUUACGUUUACCGUGUAUGAGUUCAUAAAGGAGCGCCUGGAGCGGUCGCCGUGGUCGAUUGUGGGUGGCAACAAGUAUACUGAGUGA